AUGGAAGUAGAGGACGAUCAGCUUGAGUCCCAGGACUCUGUCAUAGAAAGAUUACUGACUGAAGACAGCCUUGAAAAGGCACUAGAGCGUGUGACCAAAGAUUACCAGGGAGACAUGUCCAGCCAGGACCUUGUCACAACAUUGAAGUUUUAUGCUAACAUACUUGUACAACAGGGUAAACAACUACAGAAACCAGUGUGGAGGUUUUCACAACCAGAACUGUGCAGUGUUCAUGUGAGACCACAGGUGUUGGAACUGAUUGGCUUGUUGGUACAGUAUGGAGCUGAUGUGGGUUGUCGUUUUCAGUUACACACUGACUUGUUAUAUUCGCUGAAUCUGCACAGUACUUACUGUAAGGCCAGUGGCAUAAGUGACAGCUUCACAGAUGCACGGCCACCAUUGCAGUCAGAAUAUAUUACAUGUUUGGGACUGGCCGUUGCCCUGAGCGAUGUCAGCUUGGUAGAAUUGAUGCUGUCAGCUGGCACAGAUAUCAGCAGUGUGUGCCUCGGAGACCAGACAGCCGUUCAGCUUUCCAUGAGCAGGAGAUUGCUGGGGAACUUUGAAGAUUGGGGAAUAGACUCCCCUAGUAUGGUUUGGGCAUAUUCUGGGGAAUCCCCCAAAUGUAACGGUCAUGCAUUACUCCAUGUGGCUGUGCUUCAGGGUAACUUACACAUGAUCGACCUUCUACUGAAGCAUGGUUCUGAUAUAGAUGGCGUGAACUAUGAUGGUGUGACACCACUGGGGUUGUCUCUGAGCCUGCCCAUGGGUGGGGCCGUUGCUGAGCACCUUCUGAGGCAAGGCUGUGACAAAUACAAGGAAUCCACAAUUACCAGGCUGGAUCGUAAAUUCACACCUUGGUGUAUAGCUUGCUAUUAUGGGAAAGUGAACCUACUGCAUUACUGGCUACCUGAGAGAUGUACACACUGCGGGAGGGAUCGAGGUGUAGCGGGGCAUUCCCCUUCAGAGGCACAGAACAGAGCGUGUGAUUCCUGUCCACAUUACUCGUACUUGACCCCAUUGCCAGGUCUCCUGACCCCAUUUCUCAUGGCAGUGUGGGGUGGAACUCUGUCAGCUGUCAGUCACUUAUCCUCUGUAGGCAUGGACAUCUCGGCAUACUGCAGCAUGGGAAAUGCUGUCCACUUGGCAGUGCUGUCAGAGGAGUUGGCUGUUUUGUUACACGUUAUGGAUUCAGGAUGUGAUAUUGACAUGGUGGACAGUAAAGGAAACACACCAUUACACCUAGCUGCGCGUCUGAAGAAUUCUGACCUCUGUCAAGCACUUAUCCAGCGUGGAGCGUGUCUCAAUGUGCAAGAUAAGAAUGGAGAAACAGCUUUAUCAAGCAGUAUUUACUUUGGUUGUGAGAAAAACUCCCUUCUUUUGAUUCAGCAUUGUGCAGACCUGAAUUGUGCAGACAAAAAAUGGACCACACCUUUAUACUGGUCAGUCUACACUUGUCGGCCCUAUACCUUGGAGAAACUGAUUGAGGCAGGUGUACAAUGUUCAGGAAAAUCCUUUGGCCGUUUCCCGCGUAACCUCAGCAUCAUGCAAAACAAAGAGUUCAUUGACUGGCUGCAGAAUCAACUAUGCCAGCCGAAGUCCCUGCAGCAGCAGUGUAGUUUAGCCAUUAGGAACGUUCUAAGGAGAAAGUCUUGCGGACGAAGCAUUGCUCAUAUGGUGCAGUCUCUGCCUUUACCAAAGAAAAUGAAAAGCCGUGUGAAUUUGACUCAUGAUAAUGUUAAUUCAGAUACAUGAUUAUGAAUGUUAUUGAAUGCUAGGCACCCCAUGUUUUGCAAAUUGCAUGCUGUGAUAUGAAAUAUACUCCAAUUCUUCUACCUGUAUAACCUCCUCUGGAACUAACAUUGUGAGACAUUCUGAUAGAACUAUUGGGUGUGCACAAGUAAUUUGCACAGUUUUAUGAAGAUUGCAUCUUUGGUGACACAAACUGAUCAUUUUCAUAAUAUUUGUAUGUAUAAAUUUCAAAGAAAUUUAGAGCUUUAGAGGUUGGAAAGGUUGAAGAUUUACAGUAGGGCUAAAGGUUAGGAAAUUCGUGAGGGUUUUGGAGUUACAUCUAGGUGCACAACUGGUUUUUCAUACAUUAGGCCACACCGAUUUUAAUUGCUGUUUUAUGAGAAGAUUAAAUCUUUUUUUCAGUGUCAGAGGAGAGCAUACCAAAAUGUUAGGGGUGGCAUCGGAAAAAAUACAGCAUGCAUUGACCUGAAGUUUUACACAAAUAUCAAGCACUAUGACACAAUGUUCCAUUGCUGAUGCUUUGUGUGCAUGU